UGUUCAAUAGUGGGCGGUGUCAGUCCUCAAGUUCAAAGACCAAUGACUGUUCAGGAAACUUGGCCAAUUCACUGCGCCGGCGUAGGUCAACAAAAAACUACAAACUUGAAUCAAGCCUUUGAAACAAUUCCUUGUUGCUGAUCCCAUAUUAAGUGUUUCCAAAAUUUAGUUUCAUUUCGCAUACGAAACAUACGAGUAUUUACCGGAUAUUGCAAAGUGAAGUUUUUUCCAAUAACCAAAGUUUAAUUGAAUUGUGUACCAUGGCCAAUGUUGGUGUUGAUAUUGGUGGCAAUGAUGAGGGUGAAGUGACUGUGAAACGUCCACGUGUAAGUGCGAAAUCUCUGAAAUUAGUUGAUCCGCAGCAGCCCAAAGCUUCAAAUCGUGUACCCAAAUGUGCCCGAUGCAGGAAUCACGGAAUAAUUUCAGAACUCAGAGGACAUAAAAAGCUGUGCACCUACAAGAAUUGCAAAUGUCCAAAAUGUGUUUUAAUCUUUGAACGUCAACGGAUUAUGGCGGCACAGGUGGCCCUAAAGCGUCAGCAGGCUGUCGAGGAUGCAAUUGCCUUGCGUCUGGUCGCCAAUAAGACGGGGCGCAAAUUCGAUGCCUUGCCGCCGGGUAAUAUCUUUGGCCUCACAGUGACUCAGCCCAAAGAGCUGGAGAAUAAGAUAGUAUCUGAUGAGGAUGCCGAUGAUGAUGGCAAUAAUAAUGGUGCAAAACAAAAGCAACCAUCUAAAGAUGCGGAUCAACAAGGAGCAGUUGUAGAUCCACCAGCAGUGGCCGAAGAUUUAAGUGCUACGCGUCGGGAGAAUGUAUCCCAGACGGCCAUCGAUAUGCUGGCUCAGUUAUUUCCUCAGCGUAAGCGAUCUGUUCUCGAAUUGGUGUUGAAACGAUGCGACCUCGAUUUAAUACGUGCCAUUGAGAAUGUUUCGCCAACGGCUCAGGGAUCUAGUACUUCACUGCAAAUACCCGAACCGCCACCAAUUCAGGCUCUGCAAUUGGUUCAGCCCUCGAGGAGUAGCGCUUUUAGACCAGUAAUUGCUGAACAGUAUCCUAGUAAAGCGACCAUGAUGGAGCUGAAACCAACAGCAUCCACAUCGACCUCAUCUUCGUCUUCGAUCUUGGGUGGCAGUUCGCUUUGUGCCUAUCCCAAGUGGUUUGUGCCCCUAUCCUUUCCCGUCACCAUGGGCCAUCUAUCGAAUUUGGCACCACGUUGCACUUUGCCCAAUUGUCCCUGUUUGGAUAGCUAUCAAUUUCAUUAAAAUGCACUAAAUAUUUUCUGUAUACUUAAUAAAAUUUAUUCAAUCUAA